CCUGGUCAGAUGGUGGCGGAUGUUAUAAUCCCAUAGAAACCCACAAAGGCCCCUGUUCUUCAUCUUGAUGCUCAGGGACGAGAAAUAGAUGAACAUGGAAAUGUCGUUAAUGUAACUAAACCAAGCAACCUUAGCACAUUGAAGGUCAACGUUAACAAACAGAAGAAAGAUGCAUUUCAAAUACUGAAACCUGUAUUAGAUGUCGAUCCUGAAUCUAAUCUCAUUUUGAUCCAAGGAUGGGGGUCAACAAGACAAAGCUCCUGCGGUCCAAAAGGAAUAAUUUCCUGUUUAAGAGGUUUUUGAUGGCAAAGCCAAGUUCAGCUGAUAGUAGGACUAGAAGCUCUGUGCAGAUCUUUAUAGUAGUUGGUUUAUGUUGUUUCUUCUAUAUAUUGGGUGCAUGGCAGAGAAGUGGUUUUGGAAAGGGAGAUAGUGUAGACUUGGAGAUUACCAAGAAAGGUGCAGACUAUAAUAUAGUUCCGAAUUUAAGUUUUGACUCUCACCAUGCUGGUGAAGUUAGCAAAAUUGAUGAGGUUGAUACAAGACCUAAGGUAUUUGAACCUUGCACUGCUCGUUAUACUGAUUACACUCCCUGCCAAGAUCAGCAGCGUGCCAUGAACUUUCCUAGAGGAAACAUGGUUUAUCGAGAGAGGCACUGUCCCCGUGAGAAAGAGAAGUUACAUUGUUUGAUCCCAGCACCCAAAUGGUAUGUGACUCCAUUUCCAUGGCCUAAGAGUCGUGAUUAUGAUCUGUAUGCAAACACACCCUACAAGAGUCUUACAGUUGAGAAAGCUAUUCAUAACUGGAUCCAAUAUGAGGGAAAUGUGUUUAGAUUCCCCGGUACUUAUGGUUUGCAAUAUGUUUUUAUGGUCUUGCAAUUUAAUUCUUCCAUUGCAAUGUUAGUUUGGAUAUGUUCAGACUGGAUAGUCUUUGUUUUUUAUUGAUCAAUUUCAAUUGAUUAUGUUGCUGAGUUA